UACUCUCCUCAUCCCCUCCGCUCUCUCUGGGAAGCACAUUGUUCAACGCGGGCACAUUAUAGGACCCAGGACCAAUGAAUGCCUUGGUGCAGUUUAGCUACUUAAAAUUACACCGUUUCUUACAGUGAAUAGGACGCAAAUACCUGAAGAAACGGGGAAAGAGACUCGGAAUAUUUUGUGGCUUUUUUCCGAUUUCAGCGGAGAAGCAAAACAAUUGAAAGAUUUUCUUCUUCCUCUCCGGUAGAAACGCCGCUCCUGUCGCCAAUAGACCUCUGCCUGUUCAGCGGUGGUUGUGUGUGAGUGUGUGGUUGAGCUGCAGCUGCGAACAUGACGGAGUAUAAGCUGGUGGUGGUGGGAGCUGGAGGCGUGGGCAAGAGUGCACUUACCAUACAGCUGAUCCAGAACCACUUUGUGGAUGAAUAUGACCCCACAAUAGAGGACUCAUACAGGAAGCAGGUUGUGAUCGACGGGGAGACCUGCCUGUUGGACAUCCUGGACACUGCAGGUCAAGAGGAGUACAGCGCCAUGAGGGAUCAGUACAUGAGGACGGGGGAGGGCUUCCUGUGUGUCUUCGCCAUCAACAAUACCAAGUCUUUUGAGGACAUUCACCAGUAUAGAGAACAGAUUAAGCGUGUUAAGGAUUCCGAUGAUGUUCCCAUGGUCCUUGUGGGAAACAAAUGUGACCUCCCUGCGCGCACGGUGGACACGAGGCAAGCCCAUGAGCUCGCUCGCUCCUAUGGCAUCCCCUACAUUGAGACCUCUGCCAAAACACGGCAGGGAGUAGAGGACGCCUUCUACACACUGGUUAGAGAGAUCAGGCAGCAUAAGUUGAGGAAGUUGAACCCACCCGAUGAGAGUGGUCAAGACUGUAUGAGCUGUCGCUGUGUGGUGUCGUGAUGCAGCUCACUGCUACAUGUUGAGAAACGCUACGGCACAAAGUGGCAGCAUGGACUUAAGGACUGGAAGAUGAAACAACCCAACGAUGAAAACAAAAACUUUUCCAACAAAAGGAUGAUUGAAACAAAAGCCCUGACAGAAACCAUCAGGGCUGACUGAACUAUAGACUUGUAUGGAAAGGGGAAUAUUGGACUGUUGCCUAAGUGGCUAGCGGAACUAGACUGGUCCAGCCCCAUCUUUUUUGUUGGUCCACAUCGACCUGUGAGCAACACCACUAAUGACUCUUUGUCAGCUGCAAUGUGGCAUCGCUGGGUAGCUCCACAACUUUCCUGCUAACUUAUUGUUUUCAGUCUCAACACUGGUAAUUGGGGGGGCGGGUAUCUCACCUCCGCCCUCCUUAAAAGCCUGAUUCCACUCCCCAUCCCCCACCUAGCUGCUGGAAGGAAUGAGUGACUUCAGUGGAAAGAACUGGAAUUGACUUUUAGUUAACCCAACACCUCUCAUGCUACCCCAUCCCAUUCCCGCUUCACCCUACCUGCCUUUGGUUUCUUUUGAAUGGCAAUGAAAUCCCUGCGCUCUAACUGGAUACAGGGGGUGGAUGCUGACAUGGGAAAGACUGUAUUUUUUGUUGUUUAUCAAUUAGCCUACCUGUAAAAUAACAAAAAAAAAAACAACUUUGAUUUUUGUAUUUGAUAUGAAACAUUUAUUUUUGAUUGGCAGUUUUGAAAGUGCUUAUUUCAGCUGGCACCUGGUUUGACAUUUUUUUGACCUGCCUGAGGUAGUUGAAGAUCCUUUUAGACUAGAUCUCUUGAAUGGAGAAUUUCUAGAUAGAUGGCUUACCGCUGCCUUCUCUCUUUACAGAUGUUUCAUUGCGAGUCGUCUUGUGGAAUAAUAAUAGUAAUGGUUAGUGUACGUAGAUUCUGGUGCAAUAGAAUAAUUUACUUUCCAAAUUACAAAGUAUUGGGAAUAUACCCUCUGUCAUGACUACUUAUUUUUCUGCUUUACUUUUUGUUUAAGAAGGAGAGGUACCGUGCAUGAAAAUGUAGUUGUUGUUAUCUUUGCAGUUGCAAAAGCACGAUAGGUUGCCUGUAGAAUGGGAUAAAUACCUUAAAGUUGGCAGCGAGUCGAUUAAAAAAAAACAAAACAGCAAUGCAAAAAGUCUCUGCAUUUCAUUUUAGUAGCUGUAUGGUGUACAACAGCUAUUUUUAGAUUGCAAGAAUCACUCCUUGUGGACGAAAAGGCUCAGGAAUUGGUGUCCCGGAGGAUAUCUAUCAGUCCAGGAAACCAGGGUUAAUAGAUGUCAUAAGUUAGUUUUUGCAAAGUGUAAUGCACAAGUCCUGCCUCAGAGUAAAACUUCAGUUUUUCCACACACCAGACUAUCCUCACACUGCUCUGCUUUAUCUGCCACUUUCAGCUUUUCAAAGGAACAAUAUCAAGUCAGGUGCUAGUCAUGUCAGAACCAUAUUUACUGUAUAUGUGGGACUAUUGUGUGUAACAGGUGUAAGGAGCGGGAUAUGGGAGUGCAUUGUUUUGUGUUUCUUAUUACAGACAGGCUUGUGCGCUCCGUAACCGGAUUAAUUUGCUGCCUGAAUAAAAAGACUGAUGUGUGUUUACUUUGCCUUAUCUGUUAGCUAGGUCGUACCUCAUGUGUGCAGCGAGAUGGUCAUCUGUUCAGUUUGCUGAAUUGUUUGUUUGUUUGUUUGUUUUAACUAUGUGUGCAAAAAAAAAAAGACACGAGUGUGUUGACUUUCAACAUGCGCUGUACAGAAUUUGAAAGACAGGUCCCUAAAAACACUACACAGACGGGCUUUUCUGUAGUAAUGAACUUUAGAGAGAACCCAGCAUGAGCCAAUUUGUCAUAAUCAAAUAUUCAUGACAUUUCAGUUCUAUCACAUUGGAACAUGUGAUAGUGAUUUGACUAAAUUGUUGCAUUUAGCACAGAUUAUAUCUAGAUUAUAGUAGUUCACUGAAUUGGGCAUGUGUCGAAAUGUGCCGAGUCCUAAACACUACAAGCCUGUUGCUUCAAAUCCAAAGCUCUGAUGUAACAGAUGACAAACUUUAUCUGGCCAUUGUCCUUCUUUUAAAGGAAACAGUGUUUUUAUUUUUUGACCUAAUUGAUAUUGUACAUGCAAAUGAACUCUCUUUCACUCUCACCAUUGCUUACAGAAAUAUGACCAGUCUAAUUACUGUCUGGAUGAUGGUGGUCAGGUUUUGUGUUCUUUUCUCUGCUUGGAGGAAGGAUAUGAACUGUGAAUGUGUUUGACUCUCUUGAUACUGUUUGAAAGAAGCCUCGAUUUUACAAUUUAUAUUGCUUACAUUAUUUGAGGGAUAAUCGUAGGGGCCCUACUUUUGGCUGUGUUGUACCCAGCUUUUAUUUUUCAUCCACUGUACUCAGACAUUUCAAUGGAAAAGGAGCGUGGAGUUUGUAGUAUGUAAUUACAGUCCUUGUGGUAUCCUUGUUAAUCUUUAAACAGUACAUCCGUGAUAUAAUAAUACCAUAGAAUUUCACAAAUCUAUGCAUUCAGAUUACCAUUGCAUUAGAAAAAGCAUCAUGUUGUCGCAAUACUCAGCCAGUGAACCACCAGUAUACAUGUCUGAAAACCUGGCGAGCAUGACAAAGACUUUCAGGACCAUUGGGGGUUUUGCACAAGGAUUCGGUGGGCUCAAGGGCUUGUUUGUCCCCUUGCAGACUGUGGAAUGGGCGCGUGGAUGGAUUUUGUGAAAAAAAUGUCAACUGUUUAGCUAUUUAAGAUGUAUUUACUCUUUGAAAAUGUGGCAAAUGUAUUGCAGGACAGGAAUAAAGAUGUCAAGAUCAAACUGC